GAAUUGGUGACUGUUAACAUGCAAACAGCGAUGCACAGAACAACACGCGUCGUAAAUCCGAAAUCCGACGUUUUAUCACUGAGAUAUAGACGACAACAUACACGCUCUACACGAGCCACUGAACGCCGCACCGCCGUAUCCGUCGCAGCCACUCAGCACCAAAGCCCUGAUCCAGACGACGGACCAUCGACCUCUGGAUCACAUGACGAACUUAUCUCACAGCCGUACAGCAGGCGACAAGUGGCGCUGGGAGUCGCCGCGACAAUUUCAGCGAUCGCCGGCGCCGAGCCAGUGCUUGCAGCCAAGACGAUCACCCUGCGCGACGGCACCCAGCUGCAGGCCUACGAGCACGGCAUGUCGCUCUCCAUCGUAGCCCUGCGCGGCUCCGUGCCCUCCCGCUGGGCGCUGGACUUCAAGACCAGCAUCGGGCGCUACUGCGGAUUCUCGCUGGACCAGCGGGCGCAGCUGGAGGACAUAUUCAAGGAGCUCUCCGACACCAGCGGCCGCAACCGCCGGAGUGCCGGCCUUGCUGACGUUGUGACGCUGGGCGACUCCUGGCUGGGCCCCGCGGUGCAGCGGGGGCUGCUGCAGCCCCUCCCCGGCACCCCGCAGCACCAGCGCUGGUACCGGUUGCUGCCGCAGCGCAUGCGGCAGCUGGUGCAGCGGGACGAGCAGGGGAGGGUGGAUCCGCAGGGGCGGGUGUACGGAGCGCCGUACAGGUGGGGCUGCACGCUGAUCGCCUACCGCCGCGACCGGCUGCUGCGCCGCGGGGGGCGGCCGGUGCUGGACUGGGG